UCUCAGUAUUAUUUUCUAAAUUCUGUGCAAACAGAACCAGCUUCCUUCAGCUGAAGAAAAAGAGAAAUGAAGUACCCUCAGCUUCUAUUUUCACUCUUUAUAAUGUUUUCCUCUGCAUUUCCUACAAACCAAAAGAUGGAAAGUGAAGAAAGCAUGCAGCUGGCUCAGGCAUAUCUGAACCAGUUCUACUCCCCUGAUGUAGAAGGGGGUUAUCUUGCUCAAGCCAGGAACAGGAGUCUUACAGAAGGCAAAAUUCGAGAAAUGCAAGCAUUUUUUGGGCUGACACUGACAGGGAAACUGGACGCAAGCACUCUUGAGAUCAUGAAGACUCCCAGAUGUGGUGUGCCUGACGUGGGUCAGUAUGGUUAUACUCUCCCAGGGUGGAGGAAACACAACCUCACAUACAGAAUUUUGAACUACACCCCAGACAUGGCACAGUCAGAUGUGGAUGAAGCUAUCGAAAACGCUUUACAAGUGUGGAGCAAAGUUACUCCACUAAUAUUCACCAAGAUUUCCAAGGGCAUCGCAGACAUAAUGAUUGCCUUCAGAACUAAAGUCCAUGGUUGGUGUCCUCGUCACUUUGAUGGCCCCUUGGGAGUCCUUGGCCAUGCCUUUCCUCCUGGUCUAGGCUUGGGAGGAGACGCUCAUUUUGAUGAGGAUGAAAACUGGACCAAUGAUGCCACAGGAUUCAACUUAUUUCUUGUGGCUGCUCAUGAAUUUGGUCAUUCACUGGGGCUCACUCACUCCAAUGAUCAAACAUCCCUGAUGUUCCCGAAUUACAUCUCCCUGAAUGCUAGCAAAUACCCACUGUCUCAGGAUGAUAUCAGUGGAAUCCAAUCCAUCUAUGGAGGUCUACCUAAAACACCUGCUAAACGAAAAAGACCCUCUACACCCCGUGUCUGCGACCCUGAUUUGACGUUCGAUGCUAUCACCACUUUCCGCAGAGAAGUCAUGUUCUUUAAAGGCAGGCACCUAUGGAGGAUUUAUUAUGAUAUUGAUGAUGUUGAAUAUGAAUUAAUCUCUUCACUCUGGCCUUCUCUGCCAGCUGAUAUUCAAGCAGCAUAUGAGAACCCCAAAGAUACAAUACUCAUUUUUAAAGAUGACAACUUCUGGAUGAUAAGAGGCUAUGCUGUUUUGCCAGAUUAUCCUAAACCCAUCUAUACAAUUGGCUUUCCAAGAUAUGUAAAAAAAAUCGAUGCAGCUGUCUGUGACCACAACACACGAAAAACUUACUUCUUUGUAGGUAUUUGGUGCUGGAGGUAUGAUGAAGUGACCCGCACCAUGGACAAGGGAUAUCCACGAAGGGUAAUAAAAUACUUCCCAGGACUUGGUCUCCAAGUUGAUGCUGUAUUCCACCAUAAAGGAUUCUUCUAUUUCUUCCGUGGAGCAAAGCAAUUUGAAUAUGACCCUAAGGCAAAGAACACUACCAGAGUGAUGAAGACCAAUUCAUGGUUUCAAUGCCAAGAGCCACUGGACUUAUCUUCUGGAGUUUCUAUUCACAAGCACAAUGCACAUUCAAGAAGUGUGGAAAUGGUUUAUCACAAGAAUUUAAAUAUGUUUAUUUUCAGUAUUAUGUAUGUGCUGAAAAAUAUCAACAGUUAUUAAUUUAUAAACUUAAAUCUCAAGAAGUGCUUUAAUCAGAACCUGCUUCAAUGUAGAAUAGAAUGGGAGGAUGGACAACAUUCUCUGUGCUGCACCUGAGGAAGAUGGGUUGAUAUUGGGGCAGCUUGGAAUGUUCCUACUCAUGACCACAGAACGUGAGCUCAGAGCUACAGGGAUGCAGAGGUCACAUAGGCUCCUAAGCUGAAUAUGGGCCCCAGAUCACAUCACAUCAGUGGGGUUUGCAGUCAACAAUAUUUAUACCCCUUCCCCAUAUUAGGGAGCUACUCUCUUCCCUGGUUCAGCUUUCUGUUCCUUUUCCAGCCAUGACAUCAUCUCCCCAGACAAUAACUCGGAUCCAGCAGAUUUCAGGUUCAGGGGCAAAAAGAAAAAGAAAAAGAAAACUAGUAUAGCCACAGGUCCUUUGGAAUAUAACUAAAAUAUGCCUACUAGCGAUCUACAAAAUGGAGGACCCCCCCCACCUCUUCAUCUGCACUAUUCCAGCCUUUAAGUCCAUGAUUGUUCAACAAUUUGUUUGGCUUUGUAUAUUAACUCUCUUUCCAGCCACCAGGUUCCAGAUGCCAGCAUGAUGCCAAACAGACUUCCUUAGACAGAUGAUCUCACCAAUGUGUCCUGGAGCUUCGAUUCCCUAUAGCCCCACCCUACUAGGGAAAGAGAGAGGCAGGCCAGGAAUAUGGAUCGACCUGUCAAUGCCCAUGUACAGCGGGGAAGCAAUCACAGAAGCCAGACCUUCCACCUUCUGUAUCCCACAAUGACCUUGUAUCCAUACUCCCAGAGGCAUAAAGACUAGAAAAGCUAUCAGAGGAAGGGAUGGGAUACAGAGUUCUGGUGGUGGGAACUGUGUGGAGUUGUACCCCUCUUAUCCUAUGGUUUUGUCAAUGUUUCCUUUUAAUAAAUAAGUAAGUAAAUAAAAAUUUAAAAA